AUGACGCAAGCGCCAAUCCUUCGGAUGCCUGAUUUUGAACAGGCUUUUGAAGUCGCUUGUGAUGCAUCACAUAUCGACUAUCAAACACUAGAAACACUACUUAGUCUUUCGGGAAUUCAUUUUGUUCACCGAUCACGAUUCAUUGAAGCAUCUCCAAUCCCAACAAAAACUGAAUGCGCGGAGCAAUUUAACUUCGUGAUAAAGCAUAAGGCCGGAAAAGAUAAUCGUGUCGCGGAUGCUCUUAGCCGUCGCUCUCAUAUCCUAGUGACUAUGGAGAAUACCAUCACUGGUUUUGAACACUAUCCUCAACAAUAUGCUGAUGAUGUUGAUUUCUCUAAGGUGUGGAAAACUCUCAUGAGUGGACAUGGCACUUCCACGGGUGAUUAUGUUCUCCACGAUGGUUUUUUAUUCCGCAACCUACGGAUUUGUGUUCAAGCGGGCUCAAUCCGUGAAUUCUUGAUCCUCGAACUUCAUGAGGGUGGGUUGGCUAGGCACUUUGGCAUUGACAAGACUCUUUCCUUGGUAGAGGACAGGUUUUUCUGGCCCCAUUUGCGGCGGGAUCUGACUAAGGUUGUGAAAUAG